GCCUAUUAUUGUCCUGUAUCCCUGCUCAGUCACGCUAGAGCCUGUAGUUACUGGGGCUACUGUCUCUAGCUGUAUUUCUGUUUCUUUCUCUCUAUGGUUCUCUGGCUGACAGAGAGCUGUCUUUACCCUGUACUGUGAGGGUGUGGAGGGAUAGACAGUGUGUUAUUCCUCGUUCCUCUCCCAUCUCCUGAUGUCUAACCGGACUGACUGACCGUCUGCUGCUCAAUGCUCUCUCCUAGAUGGAUGAAUGGAUAGAUGUACACGGUUCUAGCCUGUCUGUCUAACACCUUCAUUGACUGGCUGACUACAGAAGAGGAAGGAGGAGGAACACCGCAAACAUCAAUUCAGCAGGUGGCUGCCAAGCCUCUCCACGCUGUAGGAGAUUACUAAGAGGAAGACUUCAGACUCACUGAGGAGAACACAAAGAGAAGGAGGGAUACAGACAGAAAAGAGAGAAAGGAAACUGCAAGCCAAAAUGAUCUGAGUGGACCAGCUGGACAGCCAGUGAGCCAGAUCCAGCUGGACAGCCAGUGAGCCAGAUCCAGCUGGACAGCCAGUGAGCCAGAUCCAGCUGGACAGCCAGUGAGCCAGAUCCAGCUGGACAGCCAGUGAGCCAGAUCCAGCUGGACAGCCAGUGAGCCAGAUCCAGCUGGACAGCCAGUGAGCCAGAUCCAGCUGGACAGCCAGUGAGCCAGAUCCAGCUGGACAGCCAGUGAGCCAGAUCCAGCUGGACAGCCAGUGAGCCAGAUCCAGCUGGACAGCCAGUGAGCCAGAUCCAGCUGGACAGCCAGUGAGCCAGAUCCAGCUGGACAGCCAGUGAGCCAGAUCCAGCUGGACAGCCAGUGAGCCAGAUCCAGCUGGACAGCCAGUGAGCCAGAUCCAGCUGGACAGCCAGUGAGCCAGAUCCAGCUGGACAGCCAGUGAGCCAGAUCCAGCUGGACAGCCAGUGAGCCAGAUCCAGCUGGACAGCCAGUGAGCCAGAUCCAGCUGGACAGCCAGUGAGCCAGAUCCAGCUGGACAGCCAGUGAGCCAGAUCCAGCUGGACAGCCAGUGAGCCAGAUCCAGCUGGACAGCCAGUGAGCCAGAUCCAGCUGGACAGCCAGUGAGCCAGAUCCAGCUGGAGGAGACUGGAACCAUUCACACAUACAUAACGAGCUGUGAUUUGGAGAUGAAUGGGAAGGCGGGAGGUAGAGGACCUGUGAGUUCACCCAACGACAUCAACUCCAACAGCUCCACCAUGGUAUCAGAUCUAUCCUCCCAUGAAUCCCAGUCCCAGCCCUUCACACCCCGGGCAUCUCGUACUCCAAUGAAAGCUGCUACAUUUGGGAAACGUUCUAACUCCAUGCGGAGGAACCCUAAAGCGGAGGUGACCAAACAGGGCUGGCUAUACAAACAGGCCAGCAGUGGAGUGAAACAGUGGAACAAGAGAUGGUUCGUCCUCACUGACCGAUGCCUCUUUUACUACAAAGACGAGAAGGAGGAAGGAGUGUUGGGAAGUCUUCCUCUGCUCAGCUUUGGGAUUGGAGGAGUGCAGACGUCGGAUAACAUCAGCCGAAAACACGCCUUUAAGGUUUGGUACGAGGAAGAGGAGGAAGGUGAGAUUAAGGGCCACAUUGUGUUCUGUAUGCAGGCUGAACACGCAGGAACACGCACAUACUACUUCAGCGCUGAGACUGCUGAGGAACAGGAGGAGUGGGUCGACGCCAUGAAUGAGGCAGUCCACAUACUCCCUUCAUGGAGGACCACCAACUCAGAGGCCACCACACCCACAGCGGAACUCCAUGGUAACACCUUGGUAACCAAAGGACCUGAACCACACACCCAGACACACACAUACAUUGAGGACAACAGCCAGACGACGGACUUCCAAGACCCAGAGCCCGGACCACGAAAACCCGCCCAUCACAAGGUCAACGGGGUCGAUGCCAUGGAAACGCUCCUUCCCUCCACCAGCAACUCAGAGCAGGAGGGGAGGAUGGAGGGCGAGAGGACAGGAGGGCCUGGACCUGGGGGUGCACACCAUCCUCAUCACCAACCCAAUGGGUUUGGCCCCUACGGUCCCCCAAACGGACCCCCCCAGGGUAACGGGCGGCCGCUCCAGGGACCUCCAGAGGGAGGGAUGACAGAGGGGAGGGAGGUGAGGGAGCAGCCUGAGAAUGUGGUACUGAGACGGGGCUUUGUGCCACGGACGAACCCUGAGAGACAGGCCCAGAGGAAGAGCUCCAUGACCCAGCUACAGCAGUGGGUCAACCAGCGCAGAGUCAUGGCUGUACAGGAGGACAUGAACAGUACCUCCCGUUACUACACAGUGAACCGGGGUGUUCCAGCUGACUACUACAGCGUCUACGGUAGCAUGGUGGGUGGUCCGGGCUACGUGGAGCAGUACCCCCUCUACCCCUUGGGCGUACGCCCUGACAGCAUCUGCUCUGUGUCAGCCGUGGGCUACGACCGACUGGGCCCCCCUCGCUGGACCAACGAGGACAAGAGGUGCUCACUACGGGACGGACCCCCGCCCCCUCGAGACCCAUACGGUCCCCCACCCGGCCCUGCCUAUUACAACCAGAUGGAUGUAGCCCAGACCUCCAUGAGGCGUCUCUCCAUUCAGCCCAGGUCUAGGUCUGUCCCCAGGUCCCCCUCCCCAUCCUCGGGUGGUCCCUGCUCACCCGGCCCUCAUAGCUUUGCCUCGCCCAUCCGCUCACCCUCGGCCCGGUUUGACAGAGGACCAAGCAGGCUACAGGAGGAUGUGAUCUACGCUGACCCCUCUGUGUACGGACUGAGGAGAUCACUGAGCUCACCCAAGUAUGAUUACCCUGGAGACAGGAGGUCGCUAAGCCAAGGAAUGUACCACUACAACUACCCUGCCUCCCCCUCUCUCCACAGCAAAAUGGUGCCUCCAUUCCAUGACCCCUACAGGGAGCUGCACCCUACACUGAAACUCAAUGAGAUGGAGACCAGCAAACUUCUGGGUCGUCUGUGUGAGCAGAACAGGAUUCUAAAGGACCAGGAAGCAGUGGUCCACAGGCUGAGGAUGGACAAGGACAGCCUAGAGGGUGCGCUGGUGGCCACACACCAGGAGAUGGAGCUGUACCGGGGUCAGCUGCUGGCUGCAGACAAAUUACAGCUGAAGAAGGAGACACUGCAGAACCAGCUCAUCAAUAUCAGAGGAGAACUCUCGCAGGCAUCCAGCGUUCUGACCACCAGUCGGAUGGAGUUUGAAGCUUUGGAGGACGAGGUCAAUGCUAUCCAUGGAGACCUGUGGGAACAGCUCAACACAGGCGGGCAGAGUGAGAUGAUCCACAGACACAUUCAGAAGGAGUUCUGGAGGGUUCAAGAUGUGUUGGAGGGACUCCACAAGAGCAACCUUUCCAGAGGCACAGACACAGCCAAACACCGGGUGGCCAGUGGAGCAUCAGGUUCUUUUAGCACCAAUAGUCCUGACAGUCCCAUGAGCUCAGUAAGCCUCACCAGUCCACUCAGUCCCUUCUCCCCAGUGCCCUGUUCACAGGCCUCCCACUCCAAACAACUGGGUCCGGAGGACAUUGGCCCGCCACGGCCACCACUUCCCAAAUCCUACUACCCCCUGGAGUCGCUCCCCUCCCUUCCCCCCUCCCUCCUCCCUCUGCCCUUCGACAGCUCCACCUGGCUACGCGGCCUGGGCCUGGAUGACGGUUACCUUGACGAUGAAGAGUCCCGCGGCAGAAAGCACAAGUACGGUUAUCGACAAGACAUGUCACCGGAAGAAUGGACUAAUAACAACGAAGCUCGGGAGCUGGAUCAGGAUCGACAGGCCAACAUGAAUAAAGUGGGGAUCGUUCCUCCCAGGACUAAGUCUCCCCUGGAAGACCAGGGCCAAUCCUACGACCAUGGAAUCUCCCAACGCAACUGCAAGGUGCCUAAUGGAAUCUCCAGGGAGCGUCCGAAGAGUGCGGUGUUCCCGGCGGAGGUGAAGUCCAAGAUGAGCGUUGAGGAGCAAAACAAGCGUAUCCGUAGGAACCAGAGCAGCUCCGUCAGGGACAAGAGACGCAGCCUGAACCUGGGUAGCCAGACUGGUACCAAUUACAGAGUGGUGAGGCGGAGGCCGACAACCCAUGAGGUGGACAUCAAGGACCUGGAGGCUGCAGUACGGGGCGAGGGGGUACAAGAGUCACCCCGGGAGGAGAUUGCUCGCCUCAGACGGAUACAGAUGGAACCUGACCAGUACAACCUGGACAUCAGCAAAGAGCUGUGUACUCCAGACAAGGUUCUGAUUCCGGAGCGUUACCUGGACGUGGACACUCCUCUCAGCCCAGAGGAGCAAAAGGAGAAACAGAAGAAAGUAGAGAGGAUCAAGACGCUCAUUGCCAAAUCAAAUCUCCAGAACGUGGUUCCCCUAUUGGACGGUCCUACUGAGGGGGUUGGUUCCCACCACCAGGGUAACCCAGAACAGCAGCUCCAGGACCAGGAGAAGAGGAUUGAGAUCUCCUGUGCCCUGGCCACCGAGGCCUCGCGACGCUCCCGUCUGCUCUCCGCCCAGUGUGCCCCCAGCCCCCUCACCUCCCUGACCAGCCUGGCCCCUCCCCCCUCCUCCACUGGUUUCUCCGACUCCGCCCACAUCAUGAAGGUGUGAGUCUGUGAAGGUGAGUCCCCGCCCACCAAACACACCUUCCUCCUCCCUUAACCCCCCACUCCCCUUAACCCUUCGCUGGUUGCCGUACCUCCAACCUCUCCUGGUUUGGGCAGGGCUCUCUGUUUUUCCCUCAGGUGAUGU